AUGACCUCCAGGCUCAAGCACAAGCUCGAGCUCGACCAGGUAAACCUCAACAGCGCAUAUCUCAACGAGUCCUUUGUCCAGGUCGGCACGCCUCUGCCCGCUUUGGCGAAUACCAAGAAGGACAAGCUUGAGUAUGUCCCAGAGUGGAAGCAGGAAGUCACCGAUGAGCAAGGGAGGCGGAGGUUUCAUGGCGCGUUUACUGGAGGCUACUCUGCCGGCUACUACAACACUGUAGGGUCGAAAGAAGGAUGGGCACCGUCGACAUUCAAAUCCAGCCGAUCUAAUCGCGCCAACAAAUUCCAGCGUCCCGAGGACUUUAUGGACGACGAAGACAUUCAACAAAUGAAAGAUGAUCGACGUUUAGAGAAUACCGACACUUUCAAGGAUGAAGGAUUUGCAGGCCAGAGAGAACCACUGGCGGACAGAAACUUGCCAUCAGCUCUUGAAUCACUCAUCGCCCCCGCCCAAUCCUCAAUAGGCCAACAGCUUCUCCAGAAACUCGGCUGGAGACCGGGUCAAGGCAUCGGCCCUCGGGUCACUCUUCGCAGGCUUCGUAUACAAGAAGGCAAGCUUGGCAAGUCUCGCUUGGGUACGACAAACGAGAACGAGCCGAUGGACGAGGAGGUCGCUGGGAAACAUACUUUUGCGCCAAGAGAUGUGAGACUGCUGGUAUAUGAAGGCAAAGGCGACAAGAUGGGCCUUGGGUAUGAGAAAGGGAAGGGCUUGAACAGACUGCCGUCAGCGGCUGGGCCGAGAUUCUUGAAUGAAGACGACGACGACCCAUACUCUGCUGGGCCCUCCGGCAGUCACUAUGCGUUUGACAAUCACGAACAGCCAGAAGACGAGAUAAUCACUCUUGGCCCGAAAGCUGGUUUGGGUUCGAGUACCUCUCGCCCUUCUUCGACCUCAGUAUCGCAUGACACAUGGCACGACGGCCGCCCCAUCUUGCCUCGGUUCGUGCUCGACCCCAAAGGCGUGUCACAGGAUACUUGGUUUCCGAUGCCAGAAAUACCUGCGGACUGGAGACCAAGGCCUGCGAGAGUGUGGGGCACGACGAGAAAGUGGGAUGAACAGCCGGGGGAGAAAAAGAUGGUGAGACCUUCUAUACGCGGUGAACCCGGGAGACCGUUGAGGCAUGAUCAGCGAGGCGCUGCACUUGGCGAAGAGACACGCAUAUCUCAAGCCCAGUCCGUCUUUGAAUGGAUCACCCAAAAAGACAAAGAACGUCUCGCCUCCCUCUCUUCCCAAGCCCCGCCACCACCCCCGCUUUCUCUUCAGCCGCAAGACGAAGACCCUUCUGCACCUCGUGCUCCAGCAACCUCGGUAGAGAUCCCACCGUUAUCGCCUCGUACAGCGUCGGCCGCUCUCAAGGGCUACGCGCCAUAUGGCGACGACGAGCAGAAACAGGAGCGGUACAAGAGCUAUCUCCUAUCCCAGACGUACAACACCAAACAACCGAAUCCUACGCUGCUGCCUUCGGGAAGUAUGGACGAUAUCAACGCCGAACUGCAAUCUUUUGCCGAAAGUGCGAGGAUCUUCAAGCCCAUGCCUUUUGCCAUGUCUUCGCGAUUCACCGCUGGUUCCUCUUCGCUGGCAGCGUCCGACCUAAAGCAGGCCAAACCAGGCCUCCAUAUAUUUGACGCGGAAAAGGCGAAAGCGGCUAUUGAAGCGGCCAAAGCCGAGGAACCGGCGGUGGAGCAAAAGAUCCUGACUCCUCGAGAGCAAGCGGCGAAAGAUGGCAAUUGGGGCAGAGCGACGAGAGAGUCAAAAGUCUGGUAUCCCGUCAAAGUUGUCUGUAAGCGAUUCGGCGUGGCAGAUCCACAUCCAGAAGGGCCGCCCGCCGAACAAUCUGCUGGCGCCUCGUCGGGGAAGGGUACGGGAAUGGAAGGAAUGCCUCUGCCGUCGAACGAUGCCAGUUGGGAAUCCAAAUUCAUCCACAAACCUACUUCACCCUCUUCCUCUCAGGAAGCACCCCCUCAAGAUCAGGUUCAGGCGGGAGGCGAGCGCCAACCGACAAACAUCUCCGAAGUGGGCAUGGCGGAUGAUAUCAAUCAAGGCAGAGAUACCUUGACGUAUGAGAAGCCGAGCAUUGAUAUCUUCGAGGCCAUUUUUGCCGAUGAUGAGGAUGAUGACGAGGACGAGGACGAGAAUGGGGAAGUGGACACGAAGGAGGCGGAGGUACCGGCGGGGAGGGAGCUUUAUCAAGAUCCUUUCCCUCCGCCCAAAGCGCCUUCACCGAGAGAAGAGAAGCCGGUGGACCUGGCUACGUUCAAACCCGUCUUCAGUCGCAAACGAGAUAGAGAUAGGGACGACGAGGGCAGCAAGGAAGACAGAAAGAAGGACAAGAAAGACAGGAAGAAUAAGAAAAGGAAGAGCCAGGGUGCAUUGUCGUUCGAUGUGGGGGAAGACGGAGAGGAGGACGAGCCAAGGGAAAGAGAUAUGGAGAAGAAGAAGAAGAAACCUCUGAGAGAAGAAAAGAGGGAGAGGGAUAGAAAAAACGAAGAGUUAAGAGAAAAGAUAGAGGGAGAUGGGUCCGUGGAAGAUACACAUAAGAAGAAGAAGGACGAUGUUGAGGUAUAUGACGAAGGAGACUGGAUAGAGAAACCUGCCAUCGUGCCUCGCCUUGCCGGGAGAAAGGGGGCAGCAGACUUCAUGUAG